AUGCCUACCUCAAGACUCCCACAAGCUUCCAAUCAGGAAGGAAAGAUUCUUUUGGCUCUUCAAGCAUAUAAGAAGGGCCAAGUCUCAAGUCUGCGAAAAGCUUCUGUGUUAUAUGAUGUUCCCCAUUCCACAUUACACGAUCGAUUGAAAGGCCGUACGACGCGAGAGCAUGCGCAGGAAAGGAAUCGAAAACUGUCUGUUACUGAAGAAAUAACUCUUACCCAGUGGAUACUAUCCAUGGAUGAGCGAGGAAAGCCCCCCGAGUUGCAACCUUGGCAAUGCUGGGUAA